CCCAUUUUCCUUUCAUUUUCUCCCCCUCUGAAUUUCCCUCUCCAUUCCAUUGUUUGUAUUUUCUUCCAUUUUCAUCCUAAACCUAGUCAAACUCAGAAUCCAAUUUUCGAAAUCUCUGAAAGACGACGAAGAAAGUGGAAUGGCUUUGAACACUCCAAUACGGUCCAACACCACACCCCUCUCCAACUCAAUCUUCAAAUGUAAACAGAUUUUCUUACAUGAAUGGUGGCUUGUCAAGCCUCAAAACCACUGCAACGGUUUCGCUAUUGCUGGCUUUGCUUCAAUUGGGAGGGGAGAAAAAGUGUUUGUUUCAACUGUGAUUGUAAAGGUACAUGAAACCAAUGUUGUAGAGACCCAAGAUGGCGUCAUCGUAGGCUUCCGCGGUUUCAUAAACUUCUCUCGUUCCUUCCAAAAUGGUUUUUCUUCUCAGAUAUGCCAACGUUUCUCAAUUGGAUUUCCACACGAUUGGAAAAAAUUGUCUGCUCGUUUAGGAAAUGAAUGUGAUUAUGUGGAUAGGGUUAAUGAUUUUGAUGUUUCAAAUACUCCUUGCCACAAAGAAACAAUGGAUGAUACUUCACAAGAAGCUAUGGAAGUUGAAGGUAACAAGAAUAUUACAAGUCUUCGGUUGUCUCAACCACAAGUUGACGUGAUUUAUAAUGGUGAAGAUGGGUUCUCAAAUGUUGAUGACUCAAAUGCUUCUCCCUGCCAAAAAACAGCUGAUAAAAGUUUGCAGGAAGCGGAAGGUAAUGACAAUAUUGCGAGUCAUAAGUUGUCUCAUCCACAAGUUGAUGUGAUUUAUAAUGGUGAAAAUAAAGUCUCAGAUUUUGACGACUUGAAUGCUUCUUUCCCCAAAAAGACAGCUGACAUGACAUCACACGAAGCUAAGGAAGCUGACGAUGACGACAAUGUCGGGAGUCUUAGGAUAUCUCAGCUGCAGGUUAACAUGAUUAAUACUGGUGAAAAUGGAGUUUCAAGUGUUGCUCAAGCCGAAAGUAGUCAAUCUAAGAUGGGUGUGUUUGAAUUUGAUCCUGUCUUGGAGCAAAGCAGUGUCAGGUCUCCACUUCACCCAAAGAAAUUGAACUUUUACCAGUUAUCUAGUGACCCCGAGGAGAACAAACGUCUCAAGCAGAAGAUUGUAGAGGAUCAUGGUAAUUUGUGUAGAAGGGUGAUGACAAGAAGCAUUGCCAAAAAAAUGUCACAUAAUGCUUAUAAAGGAUGGGAAAGUUGAAGCAAAAUGUUUUACUUCUCCUGAUAGAAGAUCCUCUAGGGUACAUAAUUAUAAAAAAUGAGCUGUUUACAAUUAUUCUGUUGGAUUUUGAUCCUAACUAAGCAGUUAUUUUGCUUGUUUUUCUAAGACAUAAAGGCAGGUGUAGUUGUCCUAGGAUUUGUGGAGGCCUUUGGAAUGUUAUAAUUGGUGCCCGAGAAAGCAUAUUUUAUUAGUUUUAGAGUUUUCUUCUUUUUA